AUGUCUCUUAAGGAUUAUGAAAACGAAGAGAAUGAAUUUUUAAACAUUAAUGACAUUGAUAAAUCAAUCAAUGGUGUUUUCGCUCUUCAAGAUAAAAACCGUAAAGAAAUAGAAGAAAAAUUUCGAUCAAUGAAGAAAGAUAAGAU